CCGAGGCUCAGGCUCGAAUGUUGCACAUCGGCGCGGCGGUGCCCAGUCUUCGGGUUGACGCGCGGAUUUAAAUACUCGGGUACCACCGGCUAUGAUCAAGGCAGAGAGAAAAAAUUUGACGCGUCUGCACCGAUGAUCGAUCGCGAAUGGCGCGAAUACAUCCGCGUGGCGAUUAAUUUCAAGUCAGCGAUUGUCUCCGUCCGUCUCUAUAACUCCAAUUGUAUUAACUGAAUUAAUGUUACGUAGUUCUCAAGGUAUUACGCGUGUCGGUGUCGUGAAAGCGAUAUAGUUAAUUAUAGUAAACGUGGAAAUAAAUGGAGAAAAGGAAUUGCAGGAAUUUUUGGCUCGACGUGCAAAACUAAGUGGAGUCGAGUGAAUAUAAAAACAAAACCGCUGGUGCGACAAGAAAAAAAAAGAAAACAAACAAAGACAUAUUCGAGACAAAGUGGAAUUUGUUUAAGAAGAAGAAAAAACACGAAAAAUCGUGAUUUAUUAAAAAGAAAACAAGAAGCGUCAUUCGCGAAAGAAGAAUUUUUUCACGUUGAUUUCCGUCUAGAAUAUAUAAUUAAAAUUUCUUGGACAGACCGAGAUGGCGGGGACCACUUCACUUUUCGGCAACUUCUCUUCAGACGCCGUGACCAGACUCGCGAUAGAACGCGGCGAUCGCUGCAAGGAAGGCCGCAGAGGGAUGUGGCACUUGAUCUUCCUGUUAAUCGGCAGCGCGAUGGCCGGCGAAUCCGGACCAGAGUCGCCGCCGGAGUUCUCCGACACGACGAUCAAAAUCGAGGCGCCGCUGCCUUACGAGGAGGCAUUUCCGACUCCGCUUCCUGGUUUGCUGUAUCCCAGAGAAAGUGAAUCUCGAGAGAUAAAAUCGCUAGACGGAUUAUGGGAUUUUGUCGUGUCGCCUGAAGGAGAUGCGCUAAAGGGUUACACGGAAGGAUGGUUCACCGAUGACUUAUCAAAGGUCGGCGAGAUGAUGAAGAUGCCGGUGCCCUCGUCCUACAAUGACAUUACAACAUCGCGUAACCUCAGAGACCACGUCGGGGCCGUGUGGUACCAGAGGACCUUCUUUGUGCCCUCCUCUUGGCGGGACCAUCGCGUUUUCGUCAGAUUUGGCUCGGUCCACUAUCUCGCACAAGUAUGGGUGAACAACGCUUUAGUGACCAAUCACGAAAUGGGCCACUUGCCCUUCGAAGCUGAGAUCUCGUCGUACGUGUCCUUCGGCGGCAAGAACCGCAUUACCGUCGCCGUGGAUAACACUCUACUGCAGACCAGCGUGCCCCAGGGCACAAUCAUGGAGAUGGUCACCGACAACGGCACCACGCACUUGCAGACUUACACCUUCGAUUUCUUCAACUACGCCGGCAUACACAGGUCCGUUUUGCUGUACACCACGCCGCGCGUCUACGUCGAAGACAUCACGGUGAGAACGAACCUGAUCGGCGACAUGGGAAUUGUCAAGUACAUCAUACAGCCGGCUGGCCUGCGCGAGGGAGAAAUACCUGUCUGCAGAGUCACGUUGCACGACGCCGAGCAUACCUUGGCCAUCAAGGAGCCCGUUUACGGCCUGUCCGGUACCCUGAAGGUCCCGCUCGCCAGACUCUGGUGGCCCAGAGGCAUGGACCCCAAGCCGGGAUACUUGUACACUUUGGAGGUGAGACUGUCAGUGGCGAAUGUCAGCAAAUCGGACAUCUAUCGAUUGCCGAUCGGCAUCAGGACACUCGCGUGGACCAACACGAGUCUCCUGUUGAACGACCGACCGGUGUACAUGCGCGGCUUCGGCAGACACGAGGACUCGGUUAUCAGAGGGCGCGGUUUCGACCUCGUCACCACUGUCAGGGAUCACGAGUUGCUUCAGUGGGUCGGCGCUAAUGCCUACAGGACCAGUCACUAUCCUUACAGCGACGAGGUCCUCGAUAUGGCCGACAGAUUGGGUUUUCUCGUGAUCGACGAGUGUCCUUCCGUCGAUACGGAGAAUUAUUCGCCGUCGUUACUCUCGCGUCACAAGGACUCGCUGUCGGAGCUCAUCCGCAGGGACAAGAAUCGACCCUCCGUGAUUAUGUGGUCUUUGGCUAACGAACCGAGGACCCAGCUGCCUCAGGCUGAGGAGUACUUCAAGCAGAUCGCCCAUCAUACCAAAGCGAUCGAUCCUACCAGGCCGGUCACCAUCGCUCUUGCUCGAGGAGUGCAGGAGGACAAAGCUGGUCAGUUUCUCGAUGUGAUUAGCUUCAAUCGAUACAACGCUUGGUACAACAACGCCGGCAGAAUGGACAUGAUCACUGGCAGAGUUCAAGGGGAAGCCGAGGCCUGGCACAGAAAAUAUAACAAGCCAGUACUUAUGUCCGAGUACGGAGCCGAUACUAUGCCCGGUCUACAUGAGCUACCGGAAUACGUAUGGAGCGAGGAAUACCAGAAAGAAUUAUUCUCCAGACACUUCAAAGCCUUCGAUCAAUUGCGACGCGAGGGCUUCUUUAUCGGCGAAUUCAUCUGGAACUUUGCCGAUUUCCGCACUGCGCAAACAUAUACCAGAGUGGGCGGCAACAAGAAGGGAAUCUUUACGAGAGACAGACAGCCGAAAAUGGCAGCCCAUCACGUUAGGAGGAGAUACCAUGCGCUCUCAGUCGAACUGGACGGCGCGCAGAUACCGGAGGAUGUCGAAAAUUACAUUUCAUCCUAUUAUUCUCACUUAGAACUCUGACUGAAUUUAAAAAGAGAAAAAAUUGAAGUGCGAGAAUUGCUUCGCAAGGUCUUAAUUUUUGACAAAACUGCAUUUUCAUUUUGUGCAUCGAGACACAAAGGUUGCACCGAUAACUUAACAUAGACUUAUUCACCUAAUGUACGCAUACUCUAUCAUAAAAUCAUUUGUAUCCAUUAUAUCCAUCUGUACCCAUUUUCUACGAGAAAAAUAUAAAUCCUCCAUUUAUUCAUCUAAGACUUGUUCACAUUCGUUCAUAUGACAAGAAAAACUCCAUUUUCGCACUCAUCUGACAUAAAUCUGACAUAAACUUUUAUAUCUGAUAUACUUUUGCGAUGUACAUAAAUAUUUAAAUUAAAAAAAAAACAGCA